AUGAGUUCGGCGUACGUACAGCAGCAGUACAAUCAUAACGCGAUGUACGGUGGUGGAGGUAUGAUGGGAUCGGGUGUAGGCGGAAUGCUCGAUGUCUCGUCCUACAACCACUACAACAGUAUGUCUGCCAUGGGCAUGGGUGGUACAGGAGGACUCUGUUACGGCUAUGGUACGGACAGUGGAGCUUCGGAAGGGUACCAUAGUCCCGGGCCGGUGUCGAGUCCCGAAUCGUACUACAACAAUACAAGCCCAGCCGAGUAUAGUCCAUCCAGCCCAUAUGCAAACUACGGAUACUGUAGUGGAGGGAAUUCUGGAACGGGAAUUCAAAGCACCCACAGCAACAGCACUGCCGCCAGUAAUCAAAACGUAUCCUGCGAGUCGUACUACAGCUAUGCCAGUAAUAACUUCAAGACCGGCUGUCCAACAGUUCCACGGUACAGUGCAGCCGAAUCGAGUCAAUCAUCCGAUCGUUCUACACUGUUGAACGGCUUCCUAAAGCGGGAGGAAAGUACCCAGUCGGUUGAAACUCGACCCGCUGCAACAAUCGCUGCGAAACGACCUGCUGCCAUCACGCACCAACUUCCACCCGGUGGUAGUUACUACAAUCCCUACGCGGUACCGAUGGCUAGAAACCGAUCCAGCCCUGCGCACAGCUCCAGCAGCUCCGUAUCUCCGACACCAUCGCAAUCGAGUGGCCAAUCGGUAGUGGUAGUGCAGCCGGAAAUUGUGAAGAAGCGCCGCCUAGCGGCAAACGCACGAGAACGACGACGAAUGAACAGCUUAAACGAUGCAUUCGAUCGGCUACGGGACGUGGUACCAUCGUUGGGGAACGAUCGUAAGCUGUCCAAGUUCGAGACGCUCCAGAUGGCACAGACGUACAUAGCGGCAUUGAAUGAGUUGCUCUCGCGUGACUGA